GUUUUGGUCUUUUCACUGUUAGCAACGGAAAGAGCCCAAGCUAGCUGUGAGCGUAUUUAGAAAAUAUAUAUAUAUAUUUUCCUUUAUUAGGGUUUCGUAAAAAAAUUGACAAGUGAUAUAGCAUAUUUUGGGGAAAUUGUAGGAGCGCGUCUUCUGUUUAAAACUGAUUUUUUUUUUCCUAUUUUAAAAAAGAUUUGUACAGAUUGCUAAUUUGGAGGAGCAACUGUGCACCAGUUAGCAAGCGUCUUAGCAUAGCAUUCACGUUGACAUUAGCCUGCUAGCACGUUGGCAAGCUGUCACCGAGGAAAUUCGCGUCUAAAAGUUGUCAUUUUAAGACUUUGUUUUUUAUGGGAUCACUAUGUCAUUGAAGACCGGUGGAAAUCGCAGUAAGCCAGGCGGUGGUAACGCCGCUGGUGGGGCCGCCUCCGGUGCCGGGGGAAGCGGCGGUGGAAGACAGAAUCUGGGCAGGGGAAGACACAGUGGUAAAGGUCCUGCAGCUGUCAUUUUUAGUGGUGUUUAUGCAAAUAUGAGGAUGGUCCACGUUCUGACAUCAGUGGUGGGGACAAAGUGUGAGCUGGAGGUAAAAAACGGUUCGGUGUACGAAGGCGUAUUUAAGACAUACGGUCCAGAGUGUGACCUGGUGUUGGAUGCAGCCCACAGAAAAAGCCCAGAGCCGAGCAUCGGCCCCAGGAAAGAAGAUAUUGUAGAAAGCAUCAUUUUCAAAGCGUCGGAUGUUGUAGUCGUGACUUUCAAAGACGUCGAUCCCAAUUUUGCUCGAAAAGUGUCCACUGAUACAGACAACUUCACAGAUGCAGCCGUCACUGGAAGGAUCAACGGAGAGCACAAAGAGAAAGAUCUGGAGCCCUGGGAUGGAGGAGAUGCUCACAAUUCUGACAGCCUGGAGUCUCUAGAUACAGAUGUGUCAAACGGUUGGGAUCCCAAUGACAUGUUCAAGUACAACGAGGAGAAGUAUGGAGUCUUGUCCACGUAUGACAGCAGCCUGUCCACAUAUACACUCCCCUUGGAGCGUGACAACUCUGAAGAGUUCCUGAAGAGAGAAGCUCGCGCCGCUCAGCUGGCAGAGGAGAUUGAGGCCAGUGCCUCGUACAAGGCCCGAGUGGCGUUGGAGAACGACGAACGCACUGAGGAGGAAAAGUACACUGCUGUGGUGCGAGGGGAGAGGGAGACUCAUGCACUGAGCAGAGAGAACAAGUAUGUUCCACCUGGUCAGAGGAACAGGGAGCCGUUGUCAUGGGGCACAGGGCGUCAGAACUCGCCUCGUUUGGGUCAAGGCUCUGUUGGACCCUCAGCUCCUCGAGCGGGACCCCACGACUACAGUCCCAACUCUGGGACUGACCAGCGAGUGGUCAAUGGAGGUUCAUCCCAUUGGCCCUCACCCUGUCCGUCUCCUUCCUCUCGUCCCCCCUCUCGUUACCAGUCUGGCCCCUCCUCUCUGCCUCCUCGGGCGACCACGCCCACAAGACCACCCUCCAGACCCCCCUCUCGACCUUCCAGGCCUUCCUCUCAUUCGUCCCAUCCCUCCUAUUCUUCCUCUUCAUCCUCCUUUUCUCACCAUGGGCCCACGUCGCCAGCCUCCACUCUGCCCAAACGCAUGUCUUCAGAAGGCCCUCCAAGGAUGUCUCCGAAAUCUCAGCGCACCCCUCGUUCACACAGAGUGCCGCCCUCUCGAAUCGGUGGAAUCCCCCCCGGAGUGGACUUGAUUUCCCACAAUUCAUCAGGAGAGGCGCAAACAGCUCCACCGAACAGGAACAACUCUUCUGGAGGAACCUGGUCCUCGGUAGUCAGUGGAGCUCACCGCCCUCGGUCACCACGACAAAACAGUAUGGGGGGGAGCUCCCCUGGCUCCUCCUCCCUCCCCUCACCCCAGAUGGGAGCCACUGAAGCGCUGACAUCAGCUCCUUCACCUACAACCACUAGCCCCACCCCGAGUAUGGUCACGUCUCCAACAGGAGACGCUAAAGAAUGUCGCAUCCAGGAGACGAGACAGACACCACCGUCAGCAAACAAGGACAUCAAGUCCCUGGACAGUUCACCUAGUAUUAAUAGAGCGGUCUGUAAAGGACCUCCUUCGAUGCCAUCAGACCACAGAAAACAAAUAGAUAAUCUGAAGAAAUUUAGUGUAGAUUUUAAGCUUCAGUCUAGUUCAAACUCAGACUCAAGUUUUGAAGUGAGUACCAAACCCGUCAGAGAUCCAGCUGACAAGCCGAAAGAUCUUCCUCUAGACAAAGCAUCUGCAGUGGGGUGGGACGCCGCUGAAGAUAAUGUCGCAGGGGUUUCUGCUCCAGCCUCUGAAGCUGCGCCGGUUCCCCCCACAACAAGUUCAAACACUAGUAAGCCGGAUAGCCCUGCUGCACUUUCUCCAUCUCCUUCAGCAGCAGACCCGAAGAGGACAGGCCUGGACGUGACGUCCCAAGGAGUUCAGACAUCCACACUGAGUGGAUCCAAACAUGAGGAGAAGGAGGAGAAAAAGGAAGCAGUGCAAGAUCAAGUACGAAAAUCAACUCUGAACCCGAAUGCUAAUGAGUUCAAGCCCAGAUUCAACACUCAGCCCAAACCCGCCAACACCCCCACACCCCCCCGGCCUCAGGGCCAGCCCAGCCCCUCCAUCGUGGUCCCUCCACCUCAGACUGUGUACGGGCAGCCAGUCUGCUUCCCUCAGAUGUAUCCCCUCACACCAGUCAGUCCUGGAGUUCAGAAAAGCAUAAUAUGGAAGUCUCCAGCCAUGUACCAGGUUCAGAUGCCUCACAUGACAGUCAGCCAGUCGAAACCCUUCAGACCAGGUAAAGUACCUAACAUGGCCCAGCAGAGGUCAGACCAGCACCACCCGCCUGGGACCCCCACCAUGAUGCACCCAGCCACAGCAGCCGGACCCCAGAUUGUAGCACCAAGCCAAGCCUACUCUGCCCAGUACUUCACCUGCAGCCCACAGCAGUUUACCAGCCAGCCGCUUGUGCAGCAGAUGACCCACUACCAGUCACAGCUGUUUGGCCUGCAGGCUCAGCACGUCUUCAGUCCAGUGAUGCAGGGUGGAACUCGGAUGAUGGCGCCCCCAACACACGGCCAACCGAGCCUGGUAUCUUCCUCAACUACUCAGUACCCUGAGCAGACUCACACCAUGUAUGUGUCUGCAGGGCCGAUGCCUCAGCAGUACCCUCACCCCAGUGCCACCUUACACCCACACCCACAGCACCCCCAGCCUUCUGCCACUCCCACAGGCCAAGGCCAACAGGGCGGUCCUCCUCAGCACGGAGGUCCCCCCAACCACCCCGCUGCCAGCCCCGUGCAGCACUCUCAGCACCAACAGGCCGCAGCAGCAGCCGCAGCAGCUCAGGCCCUCCACAUGGCCAGCCAGCCCCCACAGCAGCAGAUGUACUCCGCUUUGGCUCCCACGCCCCCCUCAAUGACGCCCGGCCCAAACCCUCAGUCCCCCCAGGCGUCCUUCCCCUCUGCCCAGCAGGCUGUCUACAUCCACCCUCAGCAGGUGCAGCACGGCUACAACCACAGCCACAUCGCUCACGUGCAGCAGGCCCACAUGCAGUCUGGGAUGGUGCCGUCACACCACGCGGCGCCUACCCACGCCCCCAUGAUGCUCAUGGCCACCCAGGGUCCUCCAGGGGGUCCGCAGGGACCCAUGGGCCAGACUGCUCUGAACCCAAUCCCAGUUUCUUCCACCACACAUUUCUCUUACUUGGCACAUCCACAAGUGCAACCUCAUCAGCAGCAGCUGUAGAUAGAGGGCGCCAGCGAGCCGAGGGACCUGCUCUGCAUCAUGCUUCUCAACCAGAGCCUUCAUCAGCAGGCCAUGAAGAGGAGACUGAACCCCCCCUUCCACCCUCCUCUCUUUUAUCAUCUUUGCCAGAUAAGCUUCACAUCAGACCCCCCCCCCUCCCAGACUAGGCAAUAAGAGAAUGUUAACAAGUUAAUGCAGUGAAAUUCUAACAAGUUAGUUUUACUGGAAGGACUGUUUCUGUGGAGACCCUGUUCACAUCUACACACACACACACACACACACACACACAACACACACACACCCCCACACACACACACACAACACACACACACACAGGGCCACAGAGUGCAGCGUUUGCCAAGUUAGGAUGUAAAAGAGACGGAGGUCAUCCCGAGUGAAGAGGAUUCAACUGGAAUUAGUAUUUUGUCUGCACCUUGUUUUGAAGAGAGAGAAAAGAUUCCGACUUUUAGACAGUAUUAAUCCUACUGUUCGCUGCUGCUGCUGCUAUGUGCUGCGUUUGUUUCCAGACCACACCACGAGUUUCUAACCAAAACUAAAAACUAAACACGACCUGAAACUUCCUGUGAACGAAACAGACUUUAGCAGCCAAGGGGAAACAGAGAAACCUUUAUUUAUGAAAAAAGACAAAUUCUAAAAGCCGAGGUGAUCAGAUCCCACUUCUCAUCUGACCCAUAUGUAACUUUUAAGUUAAAACUUUUACUUUGUAGAUAAUAUAAAUAAUUUAAAAAUGAGCAAAAAAAUAAAAACAAUAAAAAAAGUUUUAAAAACUUG